UUUUGGUAAGCAUUUUUGUAGUUUUGAAUAUUUCAAUAUUUUUAACAUUUAAUUUAAACAGGUACCUAUCGAAAACAAUACAGCUAUCAUCAUGGGUAAAGGAUAUAAUAAUUUUAUGAGCAAAAAGCCAUUUCAUCCUGCAUCAAAAGAGAAUAUUAAACGUGUAUGGAUGGCCGAACAACGAUCAAUUGAUGCCAAAAAGAAAGAAGAAGAAAUGCGUUUGCAAUAUGAAAAAGAACAAGAUCUUUACAAUAAUCGACUUUUAGUAGCUGGUUCGGAUUCCAAAGAUAAAUUAUCAUUGAAUUUUAUGUAUGAAGCACCGCCAGGCGUUCGAAAGGAGAAUACGAAAGAAAUCGAGAAUGAAGCUGAACCAGAGUACAAAUUUGAGUGGCAACGGAAUGCACCACGAGAAAGUUUUGCCAAAAACAAUAUGGACAUUCGUGAUCAGCCAUUCGGUAUUCAAGUUAGGAAUGUUCGAUGCUUGAAAUGUCAUAAAUGGGGCCAUGUAAAUACCGAUCGUGAAUGUCCACUUUUCAAUACAACAUCAUUACCAGCCAGUAAUCCAUCUACAACAAACAAAACAUCCACAUCGGGAGCAGAAACUGGUGAUAAACCACCUGUGAAAAUAGAGCAAAUUGAAUUGAUCGCAUCAAUGAAAGAAGAUCAAGGUUUAGCUUUGAAGAAAUCUUUGUACGGAAAUUAUGGACCUGAAUCGAUGAAAAAUAAUGUUCAUCAUCAAAUGGUAUCAAAUGCUGCUGUACAGAAUCCUGAACAUGCAUUUUUAGAAUCAUUAUCAUCAAAACAAAAGAAAUUAUUGCUUAAAAAAUUACAAUCGUUAAAUAAAUCUUCAUCCAAACAUAAAACGGACAAGAAAAGUAAAAAGCAUAAAAAAGAUAAAUCUUCGAAAAAGAAAAAGUCAAAAAAAUCUCAUCGUAAAUCAACCUCUUCAUCAUCAUCAUCAUCGUCAUCAAAUUCAGAAUCUGAUGAUGAGGAAGAUGAAAAAAGAAAUAAUAAAAAAUCCCGCCAUUCUGACAUAAAUAAUCAUCAUCAUCAAAGAAAUUCGAAAAAUCAUUCAUCAUCAAAUCAUAGUGGUGGUGAUCAUAAAGAUCGAUAUGAUCAUAAUGAUCAUCAUCAUCAUCGUCGUCGUCAUCAUCAUCGAGAAUCAAGAUCUCGUAGCCGAGAAAAUGGUCAUCGUAUUCGUGAUGAUCAUAGACGACGAUAUUAAUUUUAUUUACUAUAAUGAUAAUUUUUGUUCAA